GCCGGAAGUGGCGCGCGGCUGCGGGCGCCCGAAUAGCGGCCGGCGCGGGCGCGCUGCGGCGGAGCGCGGCGCUCUGCCGCCAUGCCCAAGUACUACGAGGAGAAGGAGGAGGAGGACAGGCGGGCUUGCGGGGGGGUCAGGGAGGACCUCCGGCAGUGCCUGCUGGAGAGCCCCUGCGUCCUGGAGGAAAACAAAAGCCCUAGACAGUGCUUGAAGGAGGGACACUGUAGAAGUUUGCAAAUUACAUUUUUUGCAUGCAAAAGAUCGAUCUUGGAUACCAGAGCAAGAUUCAGGGGAAGGAAGGGAUACUGAAGCACUCAUGAAGAGAGCCAGCCAUGGGAAAUUGGGAUUCAUCAGCACUUUAAGCAAAACAGAGACUAAAGUAACAAGAUGCAUCUGCUGCAUUCCUGCGUGUGGUGUUUUCAUGGAAGGUACCUAAUUCUGAGGAUUCUGGCAGAUAGAGCUGGAUGUGCAUUUUAAAUGUUAAAAAGAAAGCAGUUGCAAAACUGCAAAUUCUGGCCAAAAUAGGUCCCUUCAUGCACUUGUAAUAAAAUCAUAAAAUCCAAAA